AUGUUAUUGUCUCUUUCUCAAUGGCUACUCAUCGCAGCACUAUCAGUUCUUCCGUGUCUCGCUUCUAUAUCGCAAUCUUCUUAUCCUACCGCGACAGCGUCGUCUUUUUCCAGUCUAAUACCCAAAUGUGCUCGAGAGUGUGUUGACGAGUUCGUAAUCUCCGACUAUCCGGAUGAUGCGUGUGGAAAAACAUGGAAUCUCGACUGUUUAUGUCGGACGAAUACAACCAGUGGCUAUACCUUGGGCGAGGCUGCGUUCCGAUGCAGUCUGUCGCUGUGUCCCAUCAAGACCAUCUUCUCCUCCGACCUCUACGACAUUUGCGACUCAGUGUCCGGAGCAUUACCGCGGACCCAUGCCACAAUAACAGCUACAAUCACGUCGACCCAGAGUAAAACUGCGAUAGUCACCACUUCCUCUGAGCCUCACAGUGUCGUCUCUACGGUAUCAUCUACCUCACUGCCUUCUCAAACUCAAGCUAGAACCCAGCAUACUACUACUGUCCUUGUCGCCUCAUUCGACAGUCCGACCACUAUAUCUAAUAUCAUUCAUUCGACGAGUGGCACCUGGACUACCUCCAGCAGCACGACCAGUAGUAGCAACAGUACUUCGACCGCUGCAGCCGCCGCCGCUAUAACCACCACUCACAGUAAGCUUAGCGCUGGUGCGGUGAUCGGCAUAUCUGUCGCUUCUGGAAUGGCGGGACUCUUCCUCAUCGGAGUUCUGGUGUUGUUCUGGUACAGGAAGAACGAACAUCGGGAUGCAGAGGCUCGAGAUAGAAACUUCUUCGAGAUUGGCGGAGUCAUGGCGGAACCUCCAGAUUUCGCUUUCCCGCCUCGGCGGCCAACGGGACCCAGGCCUAUGCCCGGCGGCGUGGACAGAGACUCGGAAACGUCACGCUUAAUAACUCCUUUCGAACCAAGGCUUCAUAUUCCAACUUUUGUUGCGAAUACACCACGACAUAAGUAUGACGGGGAUUCCACGAGAUUACAUAGUCCCCACAACAUCGGUUUCGCCAUAUCUUCUAAUUCUGAUGCGGGAGCAUCAUUAGCGCAUUCUACUCCACGGACUCUCUCAAGCUUGCUCCCGGAAAAGCCAACAUACGGGCUGUAUCCGGAGCCACUAAGAUGGAGUCGGCAGAAACGGCCCGGCAGUGUGGGAACACUGUUCGAGGAGGAUGUCACCAAGCCACGCAGCUUCCUUGCCAGUCCUCGGUUGAACCAAGGACCAUCUACUUGGUCACGCAAACCGCAACCCGACCGGCCUCAUAAAAGACCUCCAAUGGCCGGCCUACCCGCCCAUCCACGCGCCAUGUUGCAUGGUUUCCGAGAAGGCCAAGAAGGGAAGCUUGCUCUUAGAGGACCAAAUCGGUAUCAAGGACCGGGAUAUGGAAGACCUGCGGAGACAGCCUCUCCCUCGAACAAUGUCGUUGGGGGUUCGGCCCAUCCUUCCCCGAGGCUGAGUCACGAAGAUUAUACCGAUGCAUACUGGACAGAUCGUGAUGCUGGUCACACAAGGCCUGCUAGGACGUCACCUUAUCUCGAUGACAGCCCUGGGGGAGGCCGGCGUUUGAUCUACGACACAGACUCAAUUCCUUAUCACACAACUGGCGAAGAACCCCAACCCUCCCGACGCGAAUCACGCCAUUCAGGAAGUCUGUGGCCCCUCACUCCGGUGCGAGAAAUCAGGACCCCGAACCUCGAGAUGCCCAACUGGCAAUACGAGACUCCGACCGGCAGCCGGAUCACUGUCGGCCUCCCACGCAUGCCGAACUCGAGGUCCAUCAGCCCUGCGCAAGAAAUCGUUUCCCGGCCCCGGAUUGUGCGACAGGAUGAUAUUCGGAGGGUGCAGAUUCGCCGGGUCACGCCCGAGCCCGAUGAGGAGCCGACAGCAGGAACCUAUGCGCCCCGUAGUCCCUGGCUUGAGGAGGACGGUUAUGGUUCGCGAUACGGAGCCCAAGCACGCAGGACGUCCUUCGACUCCAUUUCGUCCGCCGACAGUCUGAGGAGGCCGCCUGUUCCGAGGAAGCCGGUGCCAAUGGAGCAGCGCAACCUGACACCUUCGAGGCAGGGCUCGGAUCUCAUCCUCCGGGUAGAUUGA